CAGGACGAGGCGGGGCUGGAGGUGCACCAGUUCUGGCCGCUGGUGGAGAUCCAGUGCUCCAGCGACCUGCGCUUCUUCCUGUGCAGCGUCUACACGCCCAUCUGCCUGCCGGACUACAGCAAGCCGCUGCCGCCCUGCCGCUCCGUGUGCGAGCGCGCCAAGGCGGGCUGCUCGCCGCUCAUGCGGCAGUACGGCUUCGCCUGGCCCGAGCGCAUGAGCUGCGAGCGCCUGCCCGUGCUGGGCGACUCGGAGGCGCUGUGCAUGGGCUACAACCGCAGCGAGGCCACCACGCUGCCGCCCUUCUUCGCGCAGCCCACGCCGCCCGAGCCCGCGCUGCCCGAGCCCUGCGCCCGCGCCUGCCGCUGCCGGGAGCCCUUCGUGCCCAUCGCGCACCAAUCGCACCCGCUCUACAACCGCGCCCGCGCCGGGCAUCUGCCCAACUGCGCCGUGCCCUGCUUCCAGCCCUACUUUAGCGCCGACGAGCGCACCUUCGCCGCCUUCUGGAUCGGGCUCUGGGCCAUCCUCUGCUUCCUCUCCACCGCCGCCACCGUGGCCACCUUCCUCAUCGACAUGGAGCGCUUCCAGUACCCCGAGCGCCCCAUCAUCUUCCUGUCUGCCUGCUACCUGCUGGUGUCGGCCGGCUACCUGGUGCGCCUGGUGGCUGGGCAUGCCCGCGUGGCCUGCAGCGCCGACUCGCGCCACGUGCACUACGAGACCACGGGCCCCGCGCUCUGCACGCUGGUCUUCCUGCUCGUCUACUUCUUCGGCAUGGCCAGCUCCAUCUGGUGGGUCAUCCUCUCGCUCACCUGGUUCCUGGCAGCCGGCAUGAAGUGGGGCAACGAGGCCAUCGCCAGCUACUCGCCCUACUUCCACCUGGCUGCCUGGCUGCUGCCCAGCGCCAAGGCCAUUGCCGUGCUGGCGCUGGGCUCGGUGGAUGGCGACCCAGUGGCCGGCAUCUGCUACGUGGGCAACCAGAGCGUGGACAACCUGCGCGGCUUCGUGCUGGCACCCCUCGUGCUUUACCUGCUCACCGAGGCUUUCCGCAUCCGCAGCGUGAUCAAGCAGGGUGGCACCAAGACAGACAAGCUGGAGAAGCUCAUGAUUCGCAUUGGCGUCUUCAGCCUGCUCUACACCGUGCCCGCCGCUGCCGUCGUGGCCUGCCACGUCUAUGAACAGCACUCACGGGAGCGCUGGGAACGCGCCCACGCCUGCGCCUGCCCUGGCGAGCCGCCACCUGCCAAGCCUGACUAUGCUGUCUUCAUGCUCAAGUACUUCAUGGGCCUGGCUGUGGGCAUCACAUCCGGCGUCUGGAUCUGGUCGGGGAAGACGCUGGAGUCCUGGCGUCGCUUCUCAGGGCAGUGUUGCCGCAGCACCAAGCCUGCUGGGGCCGCCCUGGACAGCACGGCACUGGCAGCCAGGGCGGGCGCUGCCGCUGCCUACCACAAACAGGAAAAGGACUGUACUUGUAGCAAGUUUGUGCCCUCUGGAUUCAACGAGCAUCAUAUCAAUGAAUGGUUGGCAUGGUACUGAUCUCCACCCCACCCCACCUACUUGUGGACAGGUGUUGUGUUUACUCUAGAUAGCCUGCAAUGAGGCCAGCACAUACCUGGGCAGCUUGCUGCCAGCUAAUGAGUGCUGCUGCCAUAGUUAGGACUAGAAGUUGAUUCAUAGCGCAUCUCAAUACAAAUCAAAGUAUACAACUGUUGAUUUCAGCAUUUAGUUAAACUUUACCCAGUGCACGUUACAGCCUGCAAAGGAGGUAAGGAAAGAUAAACUUGUCUAUUCAGGAACAGUAACAUUUAGAAACAGAGGGUAUUUCCAAACCAUGGCUUUGAACAAAAUUUCCUUUCAAGCUUGCGGUUUGGAAACCAAAGUGGUUGCUAUUCACCGUCCAAGGAGCAAUGAAUGAUGGAGGGGGACCCAUUUUUGGGCACAUCUAGAGGAAGCACAUGGAAGACUUUCCCCUGAAGUACAUACCAGGCAGGGCUCUCUACCUUUUCAAUGGAUGCAACAUCAUUUUUACCUUUUUGUUAUUUGACAUUAAAGAUACAACAAAAUUAAUAAACCAGUUCUCAAGAGCAGAUUUCUAGUUUUGCCUUUCUUGUUACUGGGUGGAAGGAGGCACCACUGAACAGGAACCAAAUUUCCACUUAAGAUGCGUCAGUGUCUUUAGUUUCUU